AUGGGACUCCCAAAGGAAGAAGUGAUGAGUAGCAUCUGGCGGCCGGGGUCAUUCGAUGGGAAAAUUGUCUUCGCCACCGGCGGUGCUGGCAGUCUUGUGAGUGUCCAAGUGCGAGCGCUGGUCGAACUCGGUGCCAACGCCUGCAUUGUGGGACGCAACGUGGCCAACACAGAACGUGUGGCAACUGAGCUGGCGGCUACUCGACCCGGCGCCAAAGUCCUGGGCCUCGGUGCCGUGGAUGUGAGAAAGCCUCAAGAUUUGGAAGGGGCUGUAAAGAGAUGCGUACAAGCCCUUGGAGGGAUCGAUUUUGUCAUGUACGUUCUGUUCCAAACUGCUAUGGUGAUAUCACGUUGUUUCGCUACUUUGCAGCGAAACGCUCAGCUGACUUUCGCUACCAGAGCUGGAGCAGCGGGCAAUUUCCUUGCACCGAUCGACCAAACUUCUCACAAUGCCUUCAAAGCGGUGGUCGAUAUCGAUCUUUUCGGCUCGUGGAAUACGCUCAAGGCCACGGUGCCGGAGCUGACAAAAUCUGCGCAGAAGUACAAGAGCGAUGGAAAACAAAGUUCCAGCUCUGGCACCGGUGGGCGCAUCAUCUUCAUUAGUUCAACACUGGGUUACACAGGCAACCAAUUGAUGACCCAUGCCGUGGUUGCGAAGGCCGGCGUAGAUGCCUUGUCAGUCCAGACCGCCAUCGAAUAUGGCCCACGCGGAAUAACAUCCAAUGUAAUUGCGCCCGGUUUUAUCCAGGGUACAGAAGGCAUGGUUCGGUUGACCGGCAACGGCCAAGAUGCUGGUAGAGAUAUCCCCAGUGGGCGCCUGGGACAUGUUAAGGACAUUGCCGAUGCGACAAUCUUUCUCUUCUCUGACGCUGGGAACUAUGUCAACGGUGACACCCUAAUUGUUGGUGGUAAAGUGGAUGGAGGUGCGUGGCACACAGCAGCGGUCAACACUAGCAAAGAUUUCGCAUACCCCGAUUUCCUUCUCUCGGGAGAAACGGUAGAGGCAUGGAGUACUAAAAGCAGCACAAAACUCUAG